AUGCAGAACGACCCACUGCUCCCUAAGCUCAUACCUCUCCCGCGGCCCAACCUUCCUACCGGGGCAUAUCGCUCCCCAUCUCCCAGUCGGCGAACCAACGUUGCUAUGAUAUAUGCACGGCCGAGCUAUUCUGCGUUCAAAGAAAUUAAUGCAGCGGACGAAGCGAGGAGACGAGCGGAGUUCGUGACCCCCGAACUCGACGACGCUGCUACGCACUCAGGCCUUACCCCGCCAACGCCAACACCCACUAGCUUUCCUUCAAAACAAGCCCGCCUGUUAGACCCACAUUCACCUGACGAUGAUUCCGGGGACGGCGAGGAAUACCAGAUGAAGGAAAGCAAGGUCGGGGAAGCCCAGCUCGGGGAUGAUUUCGUCGAAAACAACCUAUUGUCAGCUAACCAGCACCCGGAUCUGACGAUGGUCGAUGCUUUGGCUUAUAUCAAUUUUGAAUCAGCAUUGGAGGAUCCCGCAGUCAAUGAUGCUCUCGAAAAACUCUUCAAUUCCCCUGCCUUUUACGAAGCAGCAGAACUUGUGCUUUUGCCUGAAGAGACCCCUGAUUUGGUGCCUUAUGCGAAAGAUCUCGUCCUUUACAUGAACGACCAGGCUAUAAAUGAUGAGCACCUGGUCCCAGGGGGUGGAGCCAGGCUGGCCGACGAUACCGUCUUCCGAAAGACAUUUUUGACUGCACUGGAAUCAUCGGCCCCAACAGCGGCAAGUGAGUUGCUUGGCGUCAACAGCAACAAUCGUGGCUCGUUCGAUUCGGACAUCAUUCCCGUCUUUUCAAAACCAUCAGCCGUCGAAAACAACUUAUCGCCAGCUAACCAGUACCCAGAUCCGACGAUGGUCGACGCUUUGGCUUAUACCAACUUGGAAUCGGCGUCGGAGAAUCUCGCAGUCAACGAUGCUCUCGAUAAACUCUUCAAUACCCCUGCCUUUUACAACGCACGCUCGGAUUCCGCUCUCACCCCACCUACCCCAAAACCUACUCGCUUGCCUCCCCGACCAGCUCGCCAGUUAGAAUUUGAGACAGCAAGCAACCUCAGCGAAGACGAAGAAGAUGAGUUCAACGACCACCUGCUUUCCAGUCAUCGCCCUCCUCCCCGUAUAUUCCGCAUCUUCCUAACCAAACUAUGCCAAUGGGGUCAGCAGGUCGCCAUCGCUUUCGUUGAGAUUCCCGGCGCGUUAUUGGAUGAUCAAACAAAGGAAAUCCUCGAUAACCUAUUCGACAAUCCCAUGUUCCGCGCAGUGUUGAGUCGCGCAGCAGAAACCAUCAACUCCCCCAGCGUUAAUGACCCCUCUGUUAAUCUCAGCGACGAGAUCCUUACUCUGCUCAACACACAAGCGUUCACUGACCCAAAUUUAAUCAGUCAAGAUGGAGGCCCGUCGACCGCUGUGACAAGGGCUCAUCUGGCCGCGCUGCACGUACCUUCUCCUCCCAACAUGCUACUUACUCAACAAUGGCCAUAG